CUCUCAAAGCUCAUUUCCACAGAUAGAGAGAGAAAAGUCAACUCAACACUCAGACAUGGCUGACCACCUCCCCUCCGGCAACGGCGACUUCCCGGCGGUUCCGUCGCACGGCGGCCAGUACAUUCAGUACAACAUUUUCGGGAACCUCUUCGAGAUCACCAACAAGUACCGCCCUCCGAUCAUGCCGAUCGGCCGCGGCGCAUACGGCAUCGUCUGCUCGGUGUUGAAUUCGGAGACGAACGAGAUGGUGGCGAUCAAGAAAAUCGCCAACGCUUUUGAUAAUCACAUGGACGCCAAGCGCACGCUCCGUGAGAUUAAGCUGCUUCGUCAUUUGGAUCAUGAAAAUGUCGUAGCUAUUAGGGAUGUGAUUCCUCCACCUGUUAGGAGGGAAUUUUCAGACGUAUACAUUGCCGCGGAACUCAUGGAUACUGAUCUUCAUCAGAUUAUUCGCUCGAAUCAAGGUUUAUCUGAAGAGCAUUGUCAGUACUUCUUGUAUCAGAUUCUUCGAGGACUGAAGUAUAUACAUUCGGCAAAUGUUAUUCAUAGAGACUUGAAGCCGAGCAACCUGUUGUUGAAUGCUAACUGUGACCUGAAGAUAUGUGAUUUUGGCCUUGCCCGUCCGACUGCUGAGAAUGAGUUAUUGACUGAGUAUGUUGUCACUAGAUGGUACAGGGCACCUGAGCUAUUGUUGAACUCUUCUGACUAUACUGCAGCAAUAGAUGUUUGGUCUGUGGGUUGUAUAUUUAUGGAGCUUAUGAAUAGAAAGCCUCUAUUUCCUGGCAAAGAUCAUGUGAAUCAGAUGCGCCUACUGACAGAGCUUCUUGGGACACCAACUGAGUCUGAUCUUGGGUUUGUUCGAAAUGAGGAUGCCAGAAGAUAUAUUCGACAGCUUCCCCAAUUUCCUCGUCAGCAAAUGGUGAAGCUUUUCCCACAUGUUCAUCCAUUGGCCAUUGAUUUAGUGGAUAGAAUGUUAACAUUUGAUCCCACUAAAAGGAUAACAGUUGAAGAAGCAUUAGCUCAUCCUUACCUGGAAAGACUGCAUGACGUAGCUGAUGAACCAAUCUGUACUGUUCCAUUCUCUUUUGAUUUUGAGCAACAAUCCUUGGGAGAAGAGCAAAUGAAAGAUAUGAUAUACAGAGAGGCUAUAGCAUUCAAUCCUGAGUAUGCUUGAUACAAUAAGCAGAAAUACUGCUCGGUUCUUGUAUUUAUAAAAUAGAUUUGGACUUCCACUGCUCUUUGAUCAGAAAGGUUAUGGUGAUCAAACUACUCCAAGCAUCCGUGUGCAUUGUGUUAAAUAGAAGGCUGCCAAUCAGGUCACCGUGAUCAUCAUGUUCCAUCUACAUCAUUACUCAGAUGGGUUUGCUGAUUUUACCACUAUGACCGCCCAUCAAUAAUACUAGAUGUUUUAUAUUAUUUUUGAGGUCAGUUCCUCUUCUUCUGGCAGUUGAACUUGUAUUCAAUUUAUCUUGUUUGUAUCUUAAUUUUUUUUUUCUCUUGCCUUUUUCUGUAAGAAACUUGUACCAUGUAUAUCACGAUUGGAUUGACGAACCUAACUGAGAUUCAAUAAUAUCUUCUAUUUAUUUC